AUGUCCUCUCAAGAUCCGCAAAGACAAGGCGAAGAGGAUGCCUACGUUGAGGCUGACGAAGCUGAGGAGAUCUUCCAGCGCGACGAGGAUCAUCCCAUGGAGUCGGAUGGCGAAGACGAAGACCAGCCCAUGACCUACGACGAACAGAUCACCUUCCAAAACGAUUCCUCAGCGCACUUCGACUCCCACAAUGACUCGGUAUUUUGUGUUGCACAGCACCCAGUACAUAACAACAUCGUUAUCACUGGCGCCGGCGACGACACAGCCUACAUCUUCGACUCGACCCCCGCCGAAAAACCCCUCCUCCCCGCAAGCUACGAAUCCAACCCCCAACCCCGCGAGCGAGACUCUCUGAAAGCUAUCGCUAAGCUCGAUGGACACUCUGACACCGUUAAUGGAGUCAUUUUCACAGAACCCGCCGGCGACUAUGCCGUGACUGCUGGCCUGGACGGCAAGCUGCGGGCAUACCGGGACUCGACACCCGACAAGACCGCGUUCGCAUGGGAGUUUGUGGCCGAGGCUCAAGAAGUAGAGGAGAUCAACUGGAUUGCAGUGUGCCCCUUUACACAGGGCAACGAAGAGAAGCGCAAUGUAUUUGCUAUCGGAGCCAACGAUGGCAGCGCUUGGGUAUUUCGCGUUGACCACACGGACUCUGCACAACCAAUUUCAAUCAUCCAGUCUUUCUUCCAGCACACGGAGUCUUGUACCGCGGGCGCUUGGACCCCGGACGGAAAUUUGCUUGCCACCGUCUCGGAGGAUGGGAGUUUCUAUGUGUACGAUGUCUUCGGCGCGGCUGCCGCCGCCGGCAUUGCCGGCUCGCCCGGUACUAAUGCCGUGGUUGGGUUGACCGCGGAAGACCAGCGAUUCGCUGUUGACGGAGGUCUUUACUCCGUUGCUGUGUCACCUGGUGGCGGGAUUGCGGCUGUUGGAGGCGCCGAGGGCCAUAUCAAGAUCGUCGGUUUGCCCAGACUCGGUGGUGCUCCCCAGGCUGGAAAGGGCAAGGGUGCCCCGGCUUCCACUGCUUCUGCUGCGGGGACCAUUCUCGCUGCGCUCCAGGCUCAGUCCGAUGGCAUUGAGACUCUGUCGUUCUCUCAGCCCCCUUUGACCCUUCUUGCGGCGGGUUCAGUGGAUGGAUCAAUUGCAUUAUAUGAUGCUGCCCACCGAUUUGCUGUUCGUCGGCACAUCAAAGAAGCCCACGAGGGUAACGCUGUUGUUAAAGUGGAGUUCUUGCAGAGCAAAACUGCUGCUCCCGCUAGGCCGGGCCCCGCUGCUGCUUCGGCACCUGGCCAGGGACGCUCAUGGCUAUUGACAUCCGUCGGCUUGGACGGUGUUGUUCGCCGAUGGGAUGCUCGCGGUGGCACCACAGCCGCAGCUCAGGGAUUGCUUAAGGAGUGGAAGGGACAUAUGGGUGCCACUGAAAAUGAGGACGGUGAGCAGGCCGGUGGUAUUAUGGGCUUCGUUCAAGGGCUCGAUGGAAAGCGCAUUGUCACAGCCGGUGAUGAUGGUAUUUCAUUAGUCUUCGAGGAGUAA